AAUCAGAACUCUUCGUCAGAAAGAGUGACAGAUGGAGGUCUUGUGUUCAAACCAUUAGCUUUUAGUUUAUGAACUACUUUAGCUGGCCGAGAGGCAGAAGACGAGCGUCCUGGUGAACGCAGAGCGGGAGGACCUCGAGGUGUGCGUGAAAACACAUCUGAACUCAUUAUUUUGUUAGGGCUCUGACCAUUGUCAGUGAUGGCGUUCUGUGAGUUCACAUCCACAGUUGCACAGCUGUAUGACAAGUGGAUGGAAGAUGCAGACCCCAGGUCAGAAGACUGGCUGCUCAUGUCCUCACCGCUGCCCCAAACACUUAUUAUUGCAUUUUACAUCUACUUUGUGAUGUCACUGGGGCCAAGGUUAAUGGAGAACCGGAAACCGUUUGAUCUGAAGAGGUUCCUCGUCAUCUAUAAUUUCAGCGUUGUGGCUUAUUCUAUUUACAUGUGUUAUGAGUUUGUGAUGUCAGGCUGGGGAACCGGGUAUUCAUUCGGCUGUGAACUAGUAGACUACUCUCGAUCGCCAAAAGGCAUGAGGAUGGUAUGGACUUGUUGGCUCUAUUUCUUCUCCAAGUUUAUUGAGUUGAUGGACACAGUUUUCUUUGUGCUGAGAAAAAAGCACAAUCAGGUGACCUUCCUACAUGUCUUCCAUCAUUCCAUCAUGCCUUUCACUUGGUGGUUUGGAGUCCGGUUUUCUCCAGGUGGUUUGGGGACGUUUCACGCUCCUCUUAACUGCAUCGUUCAUGUCAUCAUGUAUACAUACUAUGGAUUGUCAGCUCUGGGUCCUAAAUACCAGAAGUUUUUAUGGUGGAAGAAGCAUUUGACUUCAAUACAGCUUAUCCAGUUUGUCAUCAUAACCCUACAUAUUAGCCAGUACUUCUUCAUGAAAGACUGUCCCUACUCAUACCCCAUAUUCAUCUACAUCAUUGCUCUGUAUGGCAUCAUCUUCCUCCUCCUCUUCCUCCACUUCUGGUACCACGCAUACACAAAAGGCAAAAGGCUUCCUAAAGUCCUGCAAAACACAACCAUGCAACAGAACAACGACAUACACCACAAGAAAGAAUAACUGGUGCUGUGUGACUAACCAGUCAGCACUGACAAUCUACCUAAAACCGCCUUUUCGCUACAUUUUUAUAAGACUGUUUAUACGUAGACCAUAUCAUUUAUCUUGAUGCCCUGGGAAAAAACAUUAUUGGACAGACUGUGUGUUGCAGUCUGGGCUGGAUCUUGCCUUUUACCCUCAGCUGGGCAUUUGAGUUGAACUCAGGCUGCUCCUGCUUCUACUCAUUUUCCUCAUUGUUUUUUUUUUUGCAUACUGACGUGUUUCCCGAUUCUAUUUAAUGAGAUGCAAGUCAGUACCUCCAAGCUCCUCACUCAUGGCAUUCACAUACUUUUUAAUGCAGUUUUAGACACCAUUUGUUGGGUGUUUAUAUAUUUAUGUUCCUGUUUAUGGCAAUAUGAGUAAAUACAAUGAAAAAAGAAGUGUUGGCAACUUUUGCAUAUUAAUGUGCCUUUUACCCUUCACAUGUGACAUUGUGUGAAUGGUAGCAGUACUGCAGCUGUCCUUGAAGGAACCAAUGCAUUGAUCUCAUCUUGCAUUAUUGGUGAAGAAUGACAUGUAUUUGGUUACCUUUUUUAUUUUGUAUAUCAUGUCAUCAUGAAUGUCUUGGGAUUUUUUUUGGGGCGAUAGGUGCUUAAAUUUUAUACAAGGAAAAGUAUUAUGUUAAUUAACUUUUAGAUAUUUAUGCAAAAAUUGCUGUAUUCACUUAAGUUGGUGGGUUUUUUAUUGUAUUUUUUUUAACUGCAUUUUCUAAUGGACUGGCUAUACUUUGAGGCAUUUGACCCCGGCAGUGAGCUGUUUAUCUUUAUGUAAAUAGUAGUCUGUUGUGUGUCUCCAUUGAGGGCUGUGUUUGUUUUAAAUAUAGAUGCAAGAUUACCCACUUAGAUCUAAUUUUCUAGAAUCUGUCUUCACCAUGAGAACACAGCUCCCCUAUGUGGAGGAAAAUGUAGUAACAGUCAAGGGGCAAAAAUUUAUAUCUGGGAAAUAUUUUGUAUAUUUUUUAAAUAAACACACAAUAAACCUAAAUGAAUUUGGUUGUGUA